AUGGGCCAUUGGGCCGAUUUCUUUUCAUUUGACCGGCGCCGUGCCCGUCAUCGCUCGACUGUAGAGCGUCGCAGGCUCCUGCCCUCAUACAUUGCGGACGAGCCACAGCCCUCCGAUUCCUCCAAAGAGAUUACCAAAGUCGCAUUACGGUUGAAAUACCAAAUUGAACACGUCGUUUGCUGUGAGGUGGAGGAGAAUGUGCUGACUGACCCAAACAGCCGUAUCAUCAACCAGGCUGUUAUUGAGACUGCGAGUCGAGCUGGUGGCGAGGAAUAUAGGGCAUGUGUUGUCUUUUGCCUGCUGGUGUGUUUGAGAUGGUUCAAGAUCCAGGCCUCUGUCGAGCUUUGGGAUGCGGACCUCCACGAAGUACGAGCCGUGGCCUGCGAGGUUAUCGCCAAGCGCAUCAUUGAAGGAGAGAAGGAUCAAGACUAUCUUCUUAAGAACGUCCUCCUCAAGCGUUAUUCUAUCUUCUCUGAGGGCUUCGAAACUGAUCCUGCCAAUGUGAUCGAGCGCUCGGUGGAUCUCCAUGCACUGAGGAUCAUUGGUUCUGCUGGAUAUCAGAAAUGUAUUCAAUUUUUAUGGUGUGGCUGGAUUUGCCAAGAAGAAGGCAAUCCAACCAACUUCGUCGAAUAUGAAGGGAAGUCUGAUACUGGUUAUUGGGCUCAUUUUCACCCAGAUCGGAUGCGAACACCUCUCUACCAAAAUGUUUGCCAGAUAGUAUUUUCUCUGAUUUACCUUGCGAUUUAUACCGCGGUUAUCAAUACCGUCAAUCCUACGGGUGAUAUUGACGUGGCUGAAGGUGUUCUGUAUGGUAUGACUCUUGCAUUCAUCUGCGACGAGGCAAUCAAGUUUUGGAAAGUGGGUUGGAACUAUCUGGAGUUCUGGAAUGCCUUCAACUCUACCCUCUAUGGGCUACUUGCCAUUUCUUUCAUCUUGCGUGUUGUUGCACUUGCUCAUUCGGCUUCGGAUCAUGACUCGCGGCGCGAACUCUUCAACGGAUUGAGCUACAACUUCCUAGCGUUUGCAGGUCCUAUGUUCUGGAUGCGAAUGAUGCUCUAUUUGGACUCGUUUAAGUUUUUUGGCGCAAUGUUCGUGGUUCUUCGCGUGAUGAUGAAAGAGAGUUUGAUCUUUUUCGCUCUGCUUUUUGUAGUUCUGGUCGGUUUCUUCCAGGCUUUCAUUGGCAUGGCCCAGGUGGAUGACGAUAUACCCGUCACUCGGCUCAUCAUUCAGGGUAUGGCAAACAGCGUGAUGCAGAGCCCUGAAUUUGAGAUUUUCCAGGAUUUCGCAUUUCCAUUCGGAAUCAUCCUCUAUUAUGUGUUUAAUUUCGUUGUCAUGAUUGUUCUUCUGAAUAUUCUCAUCGCUCUAUACAAUAGUGCUUAUGAGGAUAUUUCUGGCAAUGCUACGGACGAAUACAUGGCCAUAUUUGCUCAGAAGACUAUGCAAUUCGUCCGUGCCCCCGACGAGAAUGUCUUCAUUCCACCUUUCAAUCUGGUUGAAAUUCUGUUUGUGAGCGCUCCAUUUGAAUGGUGGCUCUCACGCAAGCACUAUGCCAAGCUCAAUGACAUUGUUAUGGGCUUCAUCUACUCACCUCUUCUUCUCGUAACUGCCUGGAUCGAAACCCGCCAAGCUGAGCAGGUCCGGUGGAAUCGUCGACAUGGAGAGGAGGAUGAGGAAGAUCAGCAGGAGUGGGAAUUAGUGGCCGAAGAAGUGGAUUAUGAGUUGGAUGAGACCUGGAAGGAAGAGGUUAAGCAAACUACUCCUGACAUCAAGGUUGAUAGCUGCACUCUUGAGGUCCGUCAACUUCGAGAACAGGUGGCAGCAUUGACGGAAUUGGUGAAAGGUUUGAGUCGAGAGAGAGGCGCAGUGGUAGUUGACGGACUCACAUAA